AUGCUCAACCUGCAGCUCGGCAUCAGGCACGCAGUAGGAAAGCAAGGUCCAAUUACGCUUGAUCUUAAGUCAUCAGCUUUUGACCCGAAGGAGAAAGUAUGGACAAGGUUCCCUCCGGAAGGCUCAAAAUACACCCCUCCACACAGUUCAUGUGAUUUCAAAUGGAAGGAUUACUGCCCGCAAGUAUUCCGGACAUUGCGCAAGUUGUUCAAGGUUGAUGCCGCAGACUAUAUGCUCUCUCUUUGUGGAGACCAGGCUCUCCGGGAGCUCUCAUCUCCUGGUAAGAGUGGAAGCUUCUUUUAUCUCACGAGCAAUGACCAGUACAUGAUAAAGACGAUGAAGAAAUCUGAAGUGAAGAUAUUUCUGAAGAUGCUUCGAGCUUAUUAUAAUCAUGUCAGAUCAUUUGAGAACACUCUCGUCACAAAGUUUUUUGGUCUUCACUGUGUCAAAUUAGCUGGAGCUAACCAAAAGAAGGUUCGUUUUGUCAUAAUGGGAAAUCUAUUCUGCUCCGAUUACUCUAUUCAUAGGCGAUUUGACCUGAAAGGUUCAUCCCUUGGACGUACAACUGAUAAGCCACAGACAGAGAUUGAUGAGUACACUACUCUGAAGGAUCUUGAUCUCAACUUCAUAUUUCGAUUGCAAAAACAUUGGUACCAAGAGUUCCAAAGACAAGUCGACAGGGACUGCGAGUUUCUGGAGCAGGAAAAUAUCAUGGAUUAUAGUCUUCUGGUUGGUGUACAUUUUAGGGAUACUAGGGAUAGGCUAUUGACCGGAGGUUCAUUUGAUAGUGACAGCAGCAGAGGAUCGUCACCUCACUUGUCUAGAGGAGAUACGGAUCCAAACAGGUUAGCCAAGAUAAAACUUGGGUCAAACAUGCCGACAAGAGCUGAACGGACAAUAAGAAAGAGUGACUGUGAAGUGCAGAUUAUGGGAGAGCCUACCGGGGAGUUCUACGAUGUCAUACUAUAUUUUGGGAUCAUAGACAUACUCCAAGAUUACGAUAUCAGUAAAAAGCUUGAGCAUGCGUACAAGUCUUUCCAAUAUGACCCAACAUCCAUUUCGGCAGUCGAUCCAAAGCAGUACUCGAGACGGUUCAGAGAUUUCGUAUUCAAGGCGUUCCAAGAAGACAAGUUCGAUUUGUGA